AGAAACACUAACACAAACCGAAUUGAGGUGACAUUGGUUAGCUAAUUGUUUUCAUUUGUUAAUUGUAAUUUGAUCUUUUCGCUGUUUUUGUUUAAAUUUAUUUCAACUAAUUGAUUGAUUAAUUAAUUCUCUGAUGGCUUUACGAUUAACCUUAAACUCUUUCUUGAGUCGAUCAGUUGUCACAUCUCUAAGAGCAAUGUCUUCAAGUGGUGGUGGUAAAGGUGAAUGGGGAUCUGGAGCUGGAAAGGGAGGAGGAUCAGGUGGUUCUAUUCGAGAUGCUGGUGGUGCUUUUGGUAAACAAGAAGCUGCUCGAGAAGAAGAAUUCUUCAGACGCCAACAACGAGAACAAUUAGAAAUGUUACGUGGUCAUCUUCAGGAAGAAAUUGACCGACAUGAGUCUCUAAUUAAGCAACACGAAGAUGCCAUCAAAGCUUCAAAGGAAAAAAUCCAAGAAUUGGCUGAGAAGACAAAAUAAUCAACCAACUACUUCACCCAUACUCUUAAAUAUAUUAAUCAAACCUAAAAAUCAAUUAGCAGGAUGAAGGAGAAGCUGAAAAAAAAUAACAUUCACAUGUUGAGAAAAAUGUAAAUGAACAAAAUCUACUAAAAAAUAAAUUAGUUAAUUUUAUUCCAAAUCUAA